AUGGUGAUAAAUGUGGGUGAUUUAAAGGGUAAGAUAGCCAAGCCCAGGUUUAUUCCUCGAAGCAAGCGAAAAAAUCUAGAGAAUAUUGUGCAAACUGUGGUCGAGCAAUCGUCCAACGCCAAGCAAGAGGACAGGGACGAGGAAUUCACGAUACCACAGUGGCGCUUAGAAAAAGAAGCACUAGUCCAGGAAAAAACCCCGGAGGUUACUCUUUCCUGGGAAGAAAAGCCAUUGAGUGACAUGUCAGAGCGUGAUUGGAAAGUUAUUGCUCGGGAUUUCGGCAUUGAGGCUUCAGAAUUCACCCACCCGCUGAGAUCAUGGAAUGACCUGCCAAACGAGAUCAAGGACAUUACUGCUAAACUGGGAUAUAAAGAACCAACACCUGUUCAACGAGCUACAAUUCCACUGGGGCUAGAAGGGCGAGAUAUUGUGGGCAUUGCAGAAACGGGCUCAGGAAAGACUGCGGGCUUUGUUAUUCCUCUUGUUUCUGCGCCAACCCAAGGCAUAUAUGGACUUGUACUGGCUCCUACACGUGAAUUGGCCCAGCAGAUAUACAAGGAGACGCUCAAAUUCACUGGUACAUUAGGAAUCAAAGCAGCAUGCUUGGUUGGUGGUCAUGACAUUGAGUCUCAAGCCGAUCUGGUAAUCGGAGCACAAAUUGUCAUUGCCACCCCAGGCCGCCUACUUGAUGCAUUAGCACAGGAGAUGUUGUCGUUGGCAAAAUGUCGUAUGCUGGUGCUGGACGAAGCAGAUCGAAUGGUCGAUAUGGGGUUUGAAGAGCAGGUCACUGAAAUUGUACGAUCGCUGCCGAAAUCGAGACAGACACUGAUGUUUUCAGCUACUUGGCCCCCAGUCAUUGAAAAAAUGGCCACGAAUUUCCUCACAAACCCCGUGCGGGUUACUGUUGGCGGCGGGCCCCAGGCGAACUCUCGGGUCACCCAAAUAAUCGAACUAGUACAGCCCGGUGAGAAGCUUUCGAAACUGCAACAGAUCAUUGGAAGGAAAAGACCUGUUAUUGUUUUUGUAAACCAAAAGGCAAUUGUUGAUCAAGUCGCUGAGGCUUUAAAUCAAAGGGGAGUUUCUGCCGCACCGAUGCAUGGUGAUCGAACACAGGAGCAGCGUGAAACCGCGUUAAAUGAUUUGCGUAGAGGCAAAACAGGCGUUCUUGUCGCUACUGAUGUAGCCGGGCGUGGCAUUGAUAUCCCCAACGUCCAGCUGGUUGUCAACUACGACAUGCCCCGCCGCUUCGACGCUUAUGUACAUCGAAUUGGCCGUACCGGACGCGCUGGACGCAGUGGUACGGCUGUUUCAUUAGUGACCGACUCCGAUUCGGCUCUUUUCCCUGACUUAAAGGCUGCUCUGCAAAAAAGCCGCUCCCCGAUCCCCACCUUUCUCAAAUAG